GAUCAGCUUUUCACUAGCUUGGCUAUGGGAGUCAGCCGUGCUAUUUAACCUUUUUCAAAGGAAAGGCCUUCUUCAAAAUGUGAUAUCAGCACCGCACCAGCAACAUGAGCGUCACUCCCCACCCUGACCUGCUCCAUGCGGGUCUGUCCCCGGGGAGCGUGCAGACGCUGGCCUCCCGGGCUCGGCCUCCUCCUACCUCCAACCCCAUCACCUCAAAACGGGUCUGCUUCUAUAAGAGCGGAGACCCUCAGUUUGGUGGCCUGCGCAUGGUCAUCAACGGACGCACAUUUAAAACCUACGAUGCCCUCCUGGAUGCCCUCUCCAAAAAAGUGCCUCUGCCAUUUGGGGUGCGCACCAUUACCACACCAAGGGGAACCAACUCCAUUCGUGCCUUGGAGGAAUUUCAGGAUGGGGGGUCCUAUGUGUGCUCUGACCAGAAGCGAAUCAAACCUCUGAACCUUGAGCAGGCCAACCGGAGACAGGUCCCCUGGAAUACGACCAGACCCAUCAGUGCUAAACGCAGAGGGAACCUCAGACAAAUACCUAGAAGAGCUGAUUUUGGCAGCAGGGCCGAAAGAAUGAUUGAUAGAAAUGUCACAGUGCGGACACCAAAAAGACUAGUGGUUUACAAGAAUAGGGACCCCACUGUGAAACGCAUAGUGGUCUUGCAAAGGAAGACUGCCCCAACUUUUGAUGCACUUUUGGAUUAUCUUUGUCAGGUUAUGCAGUUUCCAGUUGUGAAGCUGUUCACUCCAGACGGGAGACGGGUGGAGGGCCUUGCCGGCCUUAUACUGUGCUCCGGUGUUGUUGUUGCUGCUGGCAACGAGCCCUUCAGGCUCUUGAACUUCAACUUCCAAGGAGGUCCACCACCGCCAACGACACAGUCAGGCUUUCUGAUGGAUCAGAUCAGAGCCCCGCCUCAAAUAUAUAAAAAGAAAUCUCCAACCAGCAGCACAAGAUCAAGGAAAUUCUCAUUGUCAUCUGAGAGAUACUUUGUGAAUCAGAUCAAGAAGUCCCUCAGUGAAAGUUUGUCUGAGCAUGAAAGUCACCACUCCGGAUCUCUGGAGACCGAGCUGAACCAACCCUCAGAAUCUGUUGACAUGGAACCCUGUGUUGGCAAGGCAGGUGUCACUGGAAAGGAUUGUCCCAUAAUGCCAACAGAGGAUGACAUAGAGAAAUCCUUCCGCGUGAACCAGGACGGUAGUAUGACCGUUGAAAUGAAAGUACGGCUCACAAUAAAACAGGAGGAGAUGAUACACUGGACUACUACGCUAAGCCGCACAAGCGUCUCCUGCCAACAGACCAAAAUGCAUGCCACGCAGCCCGUAUCAGGUCCCAACUCUCCAGACGUCAACAAUGACUCCUCCAGAAAUGGAGGCCACAGCGCACAGCACACCUCAUCUGGGAGGACAGUCGCCUUCAAGGAGCAAGAAGGAGGCCACUGCAACAGUGCUUUGGCUGAGACUUCCAGGAACCUCAAGCACAGUAAGCGGACCCCAACACCAGGGCCAAGACGCGUGAAAAGUAACAACGCAUCAGUGGAGAACAUAACCACAGUAACAGAGACAGAGGUUCAAGAAAGCACUGUGGGAACAUACUCUUACAUGGAGCGCACAUCAGAGGGAGAGGUCACUGAAGGGUACUGUGUGGUCAGAAGUAGCAGCACGAGUAACAUCAGACCAGUACCAAAACCCAGAAAAACAGGAUCUGCAGAGGCCAAGCAAAGCACACUACAUUCCUCACUAAGGGCUUCAGGUGUGUCAGAGGUCCUCCAGAUUCAAAAAAGUGGUCUUGACGUCACAGAGACUUUUAUGCACAUAUAUGAGCCCCAGCCACCGGGUAGCUAUGACAACUACCUCGCAAAUCCUCAGCAUGUUGCACAAAAGAGACCCAGUCAUAGUGCACCAGUGGCACAUAGUAAGCCAGGUUCCACAGACUCAGGGCCUUGUUCAUCGAAUAAUGACUGUGAUGUAGAUCUUACAAGACUGUCAUCAACAUCAGAUUCUAAUAAUGGGAAGAAAGAUGAGAUGUUCUCUCUGUCAUCAGAAAGCAUGGCCCCUCAACAAACGACUAGGACCAAAUUAGCAACAGGCAGGAGCACAGGACAAAAAUCCUCAUCUGCAAAUGAAGAUGCCACACAUAUAAGUCCUGGCAGUAAGAAAAAGAGAACACUCACAUCUAGAACACAUAAAAAUGCAUCUCCUUUGUCCUCUGGAUCAGACAAAAAGCAAAGAACUACACAGACAGAGUCCUCAAAGACUGUCAAAAGAACAAAUUCAUCUGACAACAUAGGAAAAACAGGAAGUUCACCAGAGAGUGCUCAAAGUAAAAAGACGGGCAGAGUAAAAAAGAGGGAGAAGGAUAAUAAUGGAGGUAAAGUCUCUGCCAGCAAAAGCAGCAUGUCGGCAUUAUCAGCAGAGCAAGGGCUAAUUUUAGAUGAGAGUGCAGUCAGAGACCUGGCUCAUAAUCUGAACAGUUCUGAGUCUGAGAAGCCUAAAAAACCCAAAAGGAAAAAUGUACAGGAUAUCUUAGUGUCACAUCAAGGUCACACCAAAAUGUCAACUCUAAAGCAAAAGUCCAUGAGUGAUGACAGGGUUAAAUCACCAAAACAAAACAGGGAAAUCAAUGAGAGUAUUUCAUUGCCUCGGUUAUGCUCCCCACCCUCUGUCCAACAGUAUGUGGAGACCUGGCUUCAACAAAUGCAACCAGACUCUGUUCCCUACUUGGAGGAGUUGAAUCUUACUGAGGCAGAGGCUGGAAAAGCUGCAUCAAAAGGGUCUUGGGAAAACAGUGCUUCAGAGAUAAUCAGUGAGGAAGAGGAGAAUUUGUCGGCAGAGGAUAAAUCUGAGGAAGGACAAGAACAACAACAACCUACUCAGAGCCAGCUGUGUGUUGACGAGCCAUACGGAAUGAGAGGCCUUUGUAGAUCGAUGCCAAGUGUCCGCGUUCACCCCGCUGAACAGGAUUGUCGAAACAAACUGCAUCAAUCAGCUGAAGUUCUCUUUCCACUCGACACACAGCCAUCAGAGGAUGUUGAGGCGAACUUAAAGGGAGGUAUGAAACCAGUGUUACAGCAGCUAUGCUCAUCUCUGCAGUCCAUAAGACGGGUUGUUAUCCCAAACCAGGCUGAUUCCUUGGCGAAAGCCCAGAGCCUUCCUGAUUUCUCUGUCCAGGUAGCUUCUGUUUUUGGUGCUUCCUCUGCUAAACUCCUCUCGUUCUUGUCUGUCAUGGCACUAAAGGACCGCUCUCAGAGCCAAGAGUCACUUGCACUGACGAGUAGGAAGGGCAGCUAUCCAGAGGCCCUAAAGGUGAUACAGUCUCUUGAAAAGCUGGCAAGUACGGAGGAUGAGGAGGAGCUGAGGGCCAGCCUCUCAGAUCUACGCAAGUCUACAUCGCCCACACUUCAGGAGAGCUGGAAAGAUUUCCGUGAGAAGUAUGACAUUGAUGAUAACCCCUUACUGUCACCAAAGAAUUCAGAGCAGGAAUUUAUAUUGGAGGUACAUUCACUGGCAAGUGAUCAAAACAAAGAUCAAGCAUUUGACAUUGAACAGCUGAUGGAAGAGCUUAGUAUGUCUGAGGAAUUGAGACAAGAGAUAUCCUCUCUAGCUGAGGGGGAAAUUACUUAUCAUGAUGCAACAGAAGUACAAACAGGGACCACUGACAAAACCUCAUAUCCAGAGACCACAUACACAAGCACAAUUAUUAGGGCCAAUGAUAUAGAGGACAGCGAAGUAGUCGAAGUUAUGUCUAUUGCUCAAAUGAAAGAAGGAGAUAGGGUUGAUCUCCAGUGCAAAGACCACACAUCACAGGAGGAAAGUGGAGGAAGCCCUCUAGAGGAAGAGUGCAGCAUAGCAAGGGAUUAUGAUACAACUAAAUCACCUGCAAGUAGCAGGAAAGGGACUUCACAUGUGGACAGUUCAGAGAGUGCGAAUAAGGAAGAAAUGAGUUAUUCUGAAGCCAUAGAAUUACCCUCAGAAUAUUGUGAAGAAUAUGUUCACUCCCCUAGAGAAAGCCCUUUAGAGGAAGGUGCAGAACUAAAAGAGGAGGACAUGUGUUCUCCAAAUAAGGCCAGCGAUGAGGAGGCAAAACGCCCAGAGUCUGUGAAUACACAAGCUUCUUCACCUCCUGCAAACUCACCUGAACAUGAGGCCAGUGAUAUGGCUAAAGAUUACUCUGUGCACAGUGUUUACUAUUCAGAACAGGAGGGUGUGGCUUCCACACACGGAGAAGGAAGCCCCACAAACAACAAUCCACACAGUUUGUCUGCUGAUGAUGAGGAAUGCAUCAGUGAAGGAGUACUCUCAAGCCACAACGCAGAGAGGAAAGCAAGGGUCAGAUCAGCUGAUGAGGAGGAUCGCAAUUCUCCAGAGGUCUUACCAAGCCAAAGUGAAGAGGGAGAUGAAGAGGUCAUUCCUCAUGAAAUAGAUUCUUCUUGUCAUCACAGUCAAGUGUCUGAAUCAAAGCUCAAGGAGUUUGUGCAGGAAGAAUCUGAGCACUGCAAUAGCCAGGACCUCGACAUGGAGAGUGUGGCCCAGAUAGAGGAAGCAGCUACCUCUGGCUCUGAUAAUUACACAAGCAUACAAAAAGACAACUCGAUGGACAAUUUACAAGUUUUAGAAAAUACAAACUCAGCUGAGAGCCUCAGUGUCAGUGGUUCAGAGAGGAAAUAUUUGAGUUCGGCAGAGAGUGCCAAGAGCCAGAAAACCAACAAAUCAAAGAGAGAAAGAAAGGGCAACAGAAGUGAAAUGUCUUCUGUUAGAAGUACCACAUCUACAAAUACUGGAACAAAGAGGGUCUUAUCAUCUACUGAGGCUCUCCAUUUGGGAGUGGCCACAUCCAGAGGCUCAACACCUAGAGGGCACAUUGCAGACUCCCAGGGACCUCUGCCCAAUGUGAGGAAGUCAAUGACACCAACCAAUCCAGGCCGAAUCAAAAAGGUUGCAACCAAGCCCAAAUCUCUGCAUGAAGAUAACCUGAACACCCCCAAAGAAAAUCUAUCUGGGAGCAUUUCAAUGCCUUUCCUCAGUGCCCCUCCUUCAGAUGUGCAUCAGUAUGUGGACAGUUGGCUUGAGAAGAUGCAGCCAGACACUGAUAUAGAGGGGACAACCUAUCUUGAGUCGGAGAGAAAGGCAGAGUUUCGCAUCGGCACUUCCUCAUCAGAGAGGUCUGAGGGAAUAAUGAGUGCGUCUGCACACUUCAGUCCUGAGGAAGAGGGGUUAUCUGCAGAUGAAAAUGCUGAUGAUAGACCACAAGAACUAUCUGGACCAGUCAUUCAGAUAAGAUGUGAUGGAGAGCUGGUUGAUGACAGCCCUCUAAGAAUGAGGAGCUUCUGUAGAUCGAUGCCGAGUGUUCGGAUCCAUCCUGCUGAUCAGGAGAGGCAGAUGAGAGCACACAAGUCCACUGAAGCUCUUUUCCCACUUGAGAGUGAGUCACCACAGGACACCGGGUCAAGCUUUAAGGGAGGUAUGAAGCCAAUGUUGCAGCAGCUGUGUGCCUCUAUGCAGUCCAUAAGACUGGCUGUUAGCCCUACGCGACAUCUCUCCUUGGAGAAAGCCCGCAGCCUCCCUGACUUCUCUGUCCAGGUGGCUUCUGUCUUUGGCGCUUCCUCUACUAAACUCCUCUCGUUCUUGUCCGUCAUGACACUGAAGGAUGGCUCCUCCGGCCGGGGAUCACAGCCUUCACUACACAGUGGGCAAAGCAGCAACAGUUCCGAGGGCCUAAACAGUGGGAAAAACAGCUGUCCUGAGGCCCUAAAGGUGAUGCAGUCUCUUGAAAAGCUGGCCAACACAGAGGACGAGGAAGAGCUCAGGAAUCACCAAAAAAAUGUGGAGCGAGAGUUUGCCCUAGAUGUCCAGUCAGAGGCAAGCGACCAAAACGAAGAUCAAGCAUUUGGUAUUGAACAGCUGAUGGAGGAGCUUAGUAUGUCUGAAGAACUGCGACAGGAAAUGUCUUCUCUUGUUGAGGGAGAGAUGACUUAUCAUGAUGCAGAAGAACCUCCCACAGGGACCCCUGAGGAAGGCUCACAACCAGAGACUGCAAACACUGUUAUUAAGGCUGAUGAUGUGGAGGAGAGGGAACAAGUGGAAGUUAUGCCUGUAGCAUAUACUGAUAAUGUAGAGAAGGCAGAUUCUAUGGAUGAAGAUAAUGUAGAGGAGCCCAGCAACAUUCAGACAAAGACAGUAAAGGCUUUCAAUUCAAUAGAAGAAGGAAGAAGUCUCAGUAAUGAAGAAGAGAGCAUCAAAUGUGAAGAAACAGGAUCCCGAACAGGAGAAUCAGAGGAUAUAGAUAAUGAACGGUUUCUCACACCCCUAACAGAGUCUGAGCCAAAAGACAUGGACAGAGACUCCGAGUCUUGGAAAGGUCAUGACACAGACCAUCAAUCAGAAGAAGCCAGAUAUGAAAGUGGUCAAGAAGAGUCUGUGCUGAAAGACAUAGACAGGGAGUCAGCGUCUUGGAAAGGUCAUGACACAGACCAUCAAUCAGAUGAAGCUAAAUAUGAAAGUGAUCAAGAGUCUGUGCCGAAAGACAUGGGAAGAGACUCCGAGUCUUGGAAAGGUCAUGACACAGACCAUCAAUCAGAAGAAGCCAGAUAUGAAAGUGGUCAAGAAGAGUCUGUGCCGAAAGACAUGGACAGAGACUCCGAGUCUUGGAAAGGUCAUGACACAGACCAUCAAUUAGAAGAAGCCAGAUAUGAAAGUGGUCAAGAAGAGUCUGUGCCGAAAGACAUGGACAGAGACUCCAAGUCUUGGAAAGGUCAUGACACAGACCAUCAAUCAGAAGAAGCCAGAUAUGAAAGUGGUCAAGAAGAGUCUGUGCCGAAAGACAUGGACAGAGACUCUGAGUCUUGGAAAGGUCAUGACACAGACCAUCAAUCAGAUGAAGCCAAAAGUGAAAGUGAUCAUGUGGACCUUGCUGCAGAAAAGGAGGGUCGCUGUGGGGAUAAGCAUGAUGAGGAGGAGGAGGGCCAUGUGCAACAGUCGGAUGACCUUGGGGAAGAGGAGGAGGGUCAUGUGCAGCAGUCGGAUGACCUUGGGGAAGAGGAGGAGGGUCAUGUGCAGCAGUCGGAUGACCUUGGGGAAGAGGAGGAGGGUCAUGUGCAGCAGUCGGACGACCUUGGGGAAGAUGAGGAUGGCACAGGCCUAGCAAAAGACAAAUGUAGCAAAAAACAAGCUGAUGAUUUAGCACAAGCAGAUGCUUUAGUGGAAGGACAGAAGGACUCACUUGAGGGUGUCGAUUCAUGCGAGAGUCACAAUGAUACUCAUAGUGAAAAUGGGCUCUAUCCUGAUGAGAAGGAGGAGGAGAAUGACCAACAGGGUUACCCUGGUGUUCUUCUCCCUGGGGAGUUAUCUCAGGAGCUGCUGGCGUUUGUUAAUAAAGCUCUACUCUCAUCGUCUCUGACUUUCACAUAUGACUCCAAUGGUAAUCUGAGAAUACAGCCUGAAGUAGGUGAAGCAAAGUCUAUUACAGAAAUGCUCGACGGCAAAAUGAACAUAGACAGUCAGUAUGGUCUGAAACGAUUGCCCAGCCCAAAUACCUCUGACUUGUCUGACUAUAGAUCUGACACAGCAGACAGUGGAGAGAAGUCACAGUUGUCUCUUGACAUUUCUACAGAUGUAGGAGAUGAGGAGCCUGAGAGGGUGUCCACUUCACAUGAUCAGAUAGAUCAAAACAGUGAAGAGUCAGAUGGCAAACUCAGUGCUAUAACUGAGAAUGGCUCCGCCACGUCUCCCUUAGGUCAAAAGUCAAAUGUUACCCCAAAAUCUGAUCUGAAAAGUGUGUUUAGCUUCAACUCUAAUCAGGACACUGCAUCAAUGGUCUCACACCAGGAUAACACAUACUUAUCAAGUUCAUUGAACGGAGAUUCAGAAUCUGUGCAGUGCUUGUCUUUUUACUCUCAAACAGAUCUCCGCGAAGGUGUGCUAAUUGACAAAGGCAGGUGGCUGCUGAAGGAAAACCACCUCAUCCGAACAUCACCUCCAUUGACCAUGGGAAUGUAUGACCAAGUGGACUCAUCUUCUGUUGACUCAGGUCAGGAUGAAGAUGUACCGUCCUCACAGUACCUCAACCAUCAGUCCCCGCUCGCUGUCAUAUCCUCAUCGGAGUUGGAGGAGAUGGCUAAGCCGUCAACCCCUAAAUGCACGUAUUUCACAAUACCACACAGUAGUGACUCAGACCCUUUCCUAAAUUACAAGAGCAGCAGCAAUGGCAGUGGUAGGCAUGGAGAAGUCACGAGGGGGAACAGGGUCUCCCCACAAGAGCAACCAGCAAAGACAUGGGCCAAGAAGAACAGCAGCUUCUCCUCGUUUGCCUCUGUGGAGUUCAAGCUUCCAGAUGGAAAGAUUCACCCACAAGGGGGAGCUGCCGUGGAGCGGCCGGCUCGGUCUCAGACCAUUGGAGGUAGAACUCUGCAGGAGGAGGACUCCACAGAGUCACUGCAGCUGCGCUGUGGCCAGAACUGCCCCAUACUAUGAAUAAAACAGACAUGGGCGACUCAGUGUGAGGCUCUGGGUCAGCUGCCUUGCAGUGUCAAAUUUGUGCUUUAUUUGCCACAUACCUCUGCAGGACAGAAACACCAUUUGUAGAAUUGUUUGGAAUGUUUGAGGUUGUCAAGGAUGCUCUACAAAUGUAUUCAGGUCAAGGUGAAAAUAACCACACCACAUUAGAAAUGGAUACUUGUGUGGACAUUUUAAAAGAGGAAUGUGUUGUUUAAACUGAUGGUGCCUGUGCUAGGAUUUGACAUUUUAAGAAUCCUUCAAAAUAUUUUGUGUGUGCUUGUAAGGAUUUUUUUCUUCUGCACAGCAAGAGAAGCCUGAUAUAUCCCAUGUUAAAGUACUUGAACGUAUUAUACAUCCGAAGUGGUAUUUCUUUUGAAAUAUAUAAGUCAAAUGUAGUCUGUUCUUGUUUAUAAAUACAGUGUUCAAGGGUAAUAUUAGUAUGCAAGUUACUAAACAGAUACACUUCAAGCAUGCUUACAUCAGGCUGUGGCACAGAUACAUUUUAUGUAUGAAAUAUAUAAUGUUAUUCCCUGAUUAUUCAUGUUUGGGGAUUUUUUUUUUCAAGCAAAACGAUGUCCUCCCCAGUCUUGCAACACAAAGGGGAAAGGUUUAUAAUAACCAAAUAGUUUUCUGUGGUUGCUAUUAUUUAUGCCUCACAUUGGUUGAUUGUUAAUGUCUUUUGUUGAAUAUCAGUAGUAGUAAGUCAGUGUAUAUCCAGAUAUCAUCAGGAGUCAACUAUGCUCAUGACAAACCUCUGACUGAUAACAUCUUGAGAUUUGGGGUCAUUAUGAAACCUAUUACACUGUUGGGGAUGUUAAAAGCUGUGGUGAUUUGCAAUGUACUUGUGCCAUCUUUUUGACUGAAUGCACAUCAUACAUCUAUGAAGCUAAGAUCAUGGAGCAUUGACUAAUAUUGUAAAAUCAUUUUUUAUCUGUGUUUCUCAGACAUUGCUCUGAUAUUUCCUUCUUAAGAUAGUGUUCUUCACAUCCAAUUCCAUAUUUGUAAUCAAUGCACAAUACAGUAAAGUGUAAGGGUAAAACAUAGUAUCCUGCAUUUUGUUUUCUAACAAAUAUGAAAUACAAAU